AUGGAGAAAUCUCCUUGUUCGCUGGACGUCGAGUUUGCUGAUCGGAUAGCUGCGCUUCUCGCUCCUCCGUCUCCUGAAUCAAAGAAGGUGAGUUGCUCUCCGCGCACUUAGAGUAGAGGCGGCGUCUGGAUGCCUCAUAUCUCUCUGGUGAGGGAUGGCUGGUCUUCUUCUCCUUUGAAAAAUACUCCUUGUUUAGCCGUAAUGGUGAGAAUCAGGUUGCUUGAUUUAUUCGUCUCCCAGUUGCCUCUUAGUAUGGUGGAUACAUUGUUUGAUCAGUUUCCCUUUUUUGGCUGAUUGGGGAUGGGGGGAGAGGUGGCGAAAGAAAAUUAAUCUCACGAUAAUGCAGAAAAUAAUUUCGACAUGUGGCAUAACAGUAAAGCUUUGUAAUUGAGGUUUCAGUAGAAGUUGAUGAAUGGUAAGUGGUUUCCACGCAACCGCUCUCCCAUUUCUCUCAGCAUCCAAUCGGGUUACGUUCAACAGGAAUUGAGCAGUACGUUGCGACAACAUUUGAAAAUUAGAGUCCGUGGGGUGUAUUCACUCCCUGUAGACUAUGAGCAGCUUCGUAAUAUGCUAGAUGAACUGUUUCAGAAUAGUGUGUGUGAUUGGUGAACGUUGUGAUAUAAACUCUCAAGUAGCAUUAUGUUUCCUUCUUCUAAAAGUAUAAAACUGCGACUUUCAUGCUUAGUUAAAAUUGUCAUAAAAUGCAUCAUGGCGGGAUUUAACCAUGAAUCAAUUGAUUCUUUAAAACUUAUUACCACUUUAUCAUUUUAUUUAGUUUAGUAUGUAUUGGACUGGGGUGUUUUGCUAUUUGUGUUCUAAUUAUUGGGUUUUCAUUUGCACUAACAUGAAUAAAUUUAGAUAAUCAAGCUUGAUUUACUGGUCAUAUUUAAUAUAUAUGUAAACUUUCUUGUUGUUCAUUUAAUGCUAAUUUACCCUUGGCAAUGCCCACUUUUUUACCAGGAGUACUUUGAUGAUAUAAUAAGAAGGCAAAACCAUGGAAUCAAAGUAAAAGAUGGCAAAUAUGGGAAAGGUAUCAUAUUUUGGUUCCUGGAUUUUUUCCAUUUAUAUUUAUCACUCCAUGAUAUCCUUCUACGUAGCUCCAUUCUUAUCUUGUUUAAGUUGUUGUUCUUUGUUCACUGAUAGUGUUAGAUGUAGAUUCCUGUAUCUAGUGAUACUUUUUUGAAACCGAGAAUAAUAACCUUGAAUGAGAUCCUUAGUGGAGGCAAUACAUUCUAAUCAAUUUGAGGGAGCGUUUCAUCCCGGGGAGUGGAAAUACCCCAUCCUUCCCAGCUUUGUUGCAUACCUCAACGUGAAAACCACUUAGUCCAUAUCCCGCUAUUUUCACAAUGUUUUAACUUUGUCUCUAUGAAGAUUGAUUGACUCGGACAAAGGGGAACUUAGAGAGCGCCAGACCUGCUUAGGUUGUUAUAUAUUCGUCUAAUAUUGUGCUUUCUGAAACUUUCUAGAGAAGAUAUUCUUCAAGUAAAAGAGUAGAUCUUCACAUUGGUGGCUGUAUUCUAUAAACCAUGGCUAAAUUUUUAUGUACUGAUCAUGGUCCAUGUGGUAGCAUUAUGUUCUUCGUGAAAUAAUGUUCCUUGUCAUGUUUGAAUAAAUCUUGUAUCAUUCUGGUGACCCAAACGUUGGAUCCUUUUCCUUAUGGAUAAUUUUCUUUUUCCCUAAAUUGUCUCUGUCCUAUCGAUCAUAUGUUGAUGAAUUUCUGCUGUUGGACUAGUUUUUUGAUUUUAUAUCAUCAUUUCGUCACCAGCCUCAUAAAAGGAACAGUUUUAUAUCGAUUCAGUUAAGGAUUCAAAUUAUUUGUCAACACGUUGUUAUUGGUUAUUUUCCUGAGCCAACUUCCUAAAUCUUAAUGGAAAAAGCAACCCAGAAUUCGUACUAGCAGAGGUUACCUGACGUUAGUUGAACUACUACAUUUUAAUGGUUGAUGGUCCCCUGAUUAUGGAGCAAGCUGUUUAGGCAUGCUGAAUCCCAGCCUGAGCAAAUGGUUUUCAAGUUAAGACUACUUUUGACUGUUCCUAUCCCGGCCUGUUUGCCAACAAGGAGGGUCAGUUUAGUUGAAUCAUCGCUGGCGUACAGCUUUCUCUUGGCACUAACUAACUUUUUAUUAUUUUUUUUGUGAAAUAGUUAGUUUAUAUGCCCUUCCUGGUUUGUCUAAAUUUCAUUGGUUCGAUUAUCAUCUUAUUCUUCUGGGAAAGGGACAGCUAUGCUAUUUUUACGACCUACACGGUGUGUGAUUCAAGGUGAACUUUGACGACAGGUGUCUAUGCAAAUGUAGACUUUAGAGAAGAGGAACUCAUUUUGAAGGACCAAAUGCUUGUUGCUUCACAGCACAUUUCUAAUAAGGUUAUGCCAUUAGAUGUUCCGGCUAUAUUUACAUCAGUUGAUUCUCUGUGUGUUCUGCUAUGGGUAAAGUACAUUUUUUGGUUGUUCACGUAUCCUCCCUUUUCUUUACACACAGGUUGACUGUCUUGUUUGUAGCUACUGUUUUCGGUUCAUUGGAUCUGUAGAACUUCAGAUUGGGAGGAAGCUUUAUCUGCAAGCUCUGGGAUUAUCGGUUAAGCAUGAAUGUGGGAUUGAAACCCUCGCCAAUGAUUCUGAAGAUGAUUUUCAAACUGAUUCAAUGGAUGUAGAAAGCUCCAAUCAGAAUCACAACUCGGAGGGCUCUUCCUCUAGCAGUAGAAAGGAAAAUGCCAUCCCUGAAGGAGUUUUAGCAUCAUUAAUGAAUCGCAAUUUAAUUUUGCCUUACUCAGAUCAGUUCUCCCUGCCACCAGUCUUUUCAUGUAAUGGUGGUUGUGGAGAAGAGCAUUACUGCAGGUUAGAAAAUUGUGCUUCAUUGCGUCCUUAUUUUCGUUGAAAUUUCAUCAAGAAUUAGAUGCAAUAGAGUUAUGACUGUUAAGCACGUGUUCAGAAGAUGCUGCUCGGCUGACUCUUUAAACGUCACAUAAUAUAAAAAAGUGUCAAGGAAGCUUUUCGUGGAAUCUAUUAUUCGCAUGUAUGAGCACAUGAUUUUAUUUUGUUUCCUUCAAUGCGAGAGUAUUGAAUGCAGGCAGAUUUUUGGAUUUUGUCACGUGGACAGUACACAAGGAAUAAACGUAAACUGGGAGCAACCAUUGGCUCUGAUAUCAUGUAAAACAUUGGGUCAUCUAACUCAAGACCAAUAGUAAUGACUAGACCGUCGCAAAUAUGCAGAGUUUUGUUUAUUUUCUAAUGUUAGACAAUUAUAAGAAUUGUGUUGCUUCUGAAGCUGGAGUUUCCAUUUGAAGAUGUCAGAACACCAUGAUCCUUGCACCAUUGAAUGUUUUCCUGACAAGGAAAACUACAAAAAACUAAUGGACAUUGUGCCAUGCUGGUGCUUAUCUACUGAAAGUGUGUGUACGCCAUUAGAUACGGAGUAACGCCACCAUCAUGUUUUGGGCCUGUAGAUUAGUUUACAGACGUAAAUUUUUGGGAACCUCAAUUUAUUGAUUUGAAAAUCAUUUCCGAGAUAAAGUGUUACGAACCUCUCAAGAUUUGGGGCGAAAUCUUCACUCUAAUCUUACCUUAGACGAGGCUCACUCAGGGAAUCAGGUCUCUGUGUAUAGAAGAACUAGAUUGAACAAUUGAAAAUGAAAUUGGAAAGACAAUAUAGGUUCGCAGACAGUAGGGUGAGUUCCUGAGGUUGAAUCGAUCCUCAGGAACAGGAGAGCCCGAAUCGGACCUCUCCAGGGACAGAUCUCCCCCUCCACUCUCUGUUUUCUCCCCCCCUCUUAUUUCGGCCUCUUCUAUAUUUAUAGGCCUCAGUACAUUAUUCUCUUGUGGUCCCCCCUCCACGUGGGUCUAGGUCGUCUUGUGUAGUCGACGGUUUGCUUCGUAACAUUACUCUCCCCCAUGAGUUUCACCUUGUCCAUCCACAAGGUGAGAUGUAGGAAAUUGUCGCAAGAAUGCUGAUACUGUCAUCCAUGACGAUUCAAACUCUGGAAGAUGUUUCCAUGAAACUAAAAUCUGUGUCUUGAGGAGUCGACCUGUGAGCUUUUAUGCCAUCUGGAAUGUGUAUCCAUUCUUGUUCUUCUGAUAGUGUGGGGGGAAUUGGUUGGCUUCUGUUGUCUGUUCUUAGUGUCUUCCUAAGUUGGGAUAUAUGGAACACUGGAUGAACAGCUGAAUGGUCGGGCAAUUGGAGUUUAUAUGCCACUGGUCCAAUUCUUUCCAUAAUAGGAUACGGACCAAAAUAGUGGGGGUUUAACUUCUCGUUUUCCUUUUUCGCCAGAGAUUUCAUUCUGUAUAGUUUGAUCUUGAGAAAGACCAAAUCACCCACCUCUAAUUCCACUUCUCAACAAUGCUUAUCUGUAUUAAAUUUCAUACUCACUUGUGCCUUGUGCAUGUUGAAUUUCAAAAUCUUAAGGAUAGCAUCUCGUUCCCUGAGUAGUUGAUCGAUGGCCUCAAGUGGUGAAGGGGAUGUUCCAUAUUUGAUAAGUUUCUGCGGGUCCCUGCCCAUAUACUGCUCGAAAAGGAGUCAUUUUAGUGGAAGAAUGAUGGGAAGUAUUAUAACUAUAUUCUUUGACUUUGGACCUAGAAAAUAUUUCAAGUAUAUUUAGGAAUUACGUAGAAUGGUUGCUCUCACAUUUUCGUUUUUAAUUUUUCCUUUUCAUUCUGAUAUUUAUCCUCUCUUCAGAACCAUGCCAGUUGUAUCUUUCUAAUGAAGAAUCCAUUGAUUACUUGUCAUGGUGUAUUCUUUAUUAGAUAAUCAUAAAAAAAGUAUUUAUUUAAUGUGCCAAUUUUUUACUAUGUUGGUUACGUUGCAACAGUGUUGUACCCCUUGAUUGGGAAAAAGUUUGUGAGAAGUUUUCAAUGGCUUGUUUUGGGGUUCAAAUCGAAAAUGAGGGGCCAUGACACGGUUCAUUUAGUCAUGUGCGUGAACAUUUGUGUAAUAUUGCCGUUUGUUGAUUCUUUGUUAUUGGGGGAACUAAACACUAUCAACUGCAUCGACAGAUCAUGCUGGUAGUGUGUAUUUAACUAAUAUGCUACAUAACCUUGCGAGAUUGUACGUCAACUUCUGUCAAGAUGCAAAUAUUGGUUCAUAAUGCAUUGAUGUUGAGUAGAUUAUGUGUAUUCUCAAUGCUUCCAGUUCUCUGAUUAUAGACUGGCAAUAAAGAAUGAUCAAGCAGAACGAUGGAAAUGGAUUCAUGGUUUUGCCCUCAAUUUGUGCUGUACUUGUGAUAUUGAUGGUACAUAGAUGAUCCUUAGAUAUCACGGGUGACUCACUAGCUUCUUAUUCUGCAGUGAAUUAUGUGCAGAAGCUGAUUGGGAAUCAUUCCACUCUUUGCUUUGUACGGGUAAUAAAUCAGAUCCUUCUCAAAGGGAGGCACUUGUCAAGUUUAUGGAGCAUGCUAACAGUAAGAUACGAUUAUAAACUUGAUGUUUAUUUCCCGUAACAAUUUAACGAUUUUCUAUCCACCUAUUGUCGCUAGGAUAUCUUAUUGAUUUUUAACGUUUUGUGUUCACUUUCAGAAACAAAUGACAUUUUUAUUCUUGCUGCAAAGGUAAAUUCCGACCUCCAUCUUGACAAAUCUAAGACCUGUAAAUAUUCAUUCUCUAGUUAUGUAAUAAAUUUAUUUGCACGUCAUAAUGUGGAUUAUGUUUUCAAUUCUGAAUGCGGACUUACCUUUAAUUUGUUACUCUCAUGUGUAUUAUCAUUCUAUCAUGUUAAGGUACAGCUUUCAGAAAGGGGUGCAUAGAUGGGCGAUUUCUGAGUUUUCCCCUUUAUAUGUGGUUUUUGUGUUAUCAUUACUAGGCGGUCUACCUCCCAUGGAUGAUGCUGAUCUAGAUGUCAUCUUCAGUUUAUUUCUUAUGCCCCACGUCUUUUUACGGACUAACAGUAAACGAGGUAUACAAGAAAUUUCUGAAGAGAAAUUUUAUUAACAAAGGCUUGGUAGACUUGAGAAAAUCGCAUCAAAGGAAUGAGUGCCAGCAUUGAAAAAAGUGAUGAGCUUUUUAAAUCAUUAAUGUUGUGGGUGCUGCUGUUAAGCCCUCAAUAAAUUUAACUUACUCCUGGAGGAGUAGAGGCUUGUGUGUUAUGUGAAGGUUAAGUCGGGGUUGAUUGAGUAAAUGACCACGGGGGAAGAAGGGGGGUUAUUAGGGCUGGAGAGGGGAGGGGAAAGGGAAGAACGAUUAUUUUGUUGCAGGUGCUGGCUUGUGGGAGAGAAUUAGCCCUCUCGAAUGGGUAGCAUGGUCUCUGCAGCUCUAGGGUUUGCCCUCUAGAGUAUACCUGGCGUGUUUUUACAUUCUUUACUGCAGUAAUUCUCUCUUUUCUAUCUUGUUGUACCUCGGGUCCUACCACAUGUAUUUUUUCUUGGAAGAGAAACUUGAGUUGACGCAAGUUUAGUGUAAUCUAAAUAAAAAGAAACUUGGGACAUGCAGUGGGAUGUCCUAUGCUUCAAUGGUUUGCUCUAUUGGGUUUAUAACCCUAUAUGAUCUUUUUUUUUCUUUAAGUGGAAGAAACUAUGUUGCACACACUCUAAAAUUCUUGUUUGCUUUUCAUUAAUAUGAAACAUGAAAGUCUCCAAUUUCAUAAGGUUAAUUCACUGAUAUUUUUUUCAUAAAUAUACGAAUCAUUAAGCACCAGCUAGCUAAACUGAGAUGUUAGCAAACCCUGUGUAACAAUGAAAUCCCUACACUGUACUUUUGAUCAUAGAGAAAAGGGUAAUAAUGUAAAAAAAAUUGAAAGAAGGGAGGGUCCGAAUGGACCAGGCCAUACACUAGCUGUACGGAUGAUUGUAAGGCAGCCACACGAUAAGAAAAAUAGGCUUUUGGACGGUAAGCUAUUGGAACAGGUUUUUCUCUAAACAUAGAAUAUGGAAAAAACGACUAAGUGCUAUACUUGUAUAUCAGACUGAACUUUGGCCAUGAGGCCCAAAUAAGAUAUUGGAUUAUAAGAUAACUCACUAGCUGAUUGAUGUCUAAUGAGUUUGCAAGGUUUAUGAAGUUAUUCUACUUUUAAAUAAAAAUCUUACUUGAUGGGAAAAAAAUAUGACCACUGAAGUAAAUCAUUUUAAGUUGAACAUUUUGAAAAAGUAGGCCCUCAUUUUUUUUAUUGGAGAAUGUUUUAUUAACAAAAUACCAAUGUUUACACCUACACUGAUAGUCAACCUUUUCCAGCUAUUCUUUCCAAGAUGUAUUACCUGACGUACUUUUGGAUGUUAGAAAAUAUAGUAUAAAAGCACGAGGACAUCAUGGUCCUAAUUUAUCUUAAGCACCAGGUUGAUCCAAUGAGUCACCAGAAUGAAAAAUUAGGAGUUUAGAAGAGAGUGAGGGAUGCAAGUUGCAGAACAUAUUUUUAAUUAGUACUGGCUAUCCAUCCAUCUUUGACGUCAUGUUGGACGAGAUUCCUUGCAAUAGGGCCUAGUUGGUUAAGUAUUUGUGUACGGCCUACUUGAGUAGGGGUUGACAGAGUAUUCUACCGGAGCUCACUUCUUGUAGAGUAACACUGUUUAUUGUGGUAUCUACUCUAGAAAAAAAUGCAAUCACUAAUUUAUGCUCGAUCAAUCUUCAGGUGAUUUCGUCAACCAUUUUAAGGUAUAAAAGGCUAAAAGAGUCUCAUCUUAGAAGAGAAGUACAAUACGCUGCAGUAAAUGGAAACUGUGCGUCUUGCUUUUCACUUCUCUUGGAGGCUUGGAAGCCAGUAUCCAUGGGGUUCAAGAAAAGGUGAGUUUAAUAUUGUUUAUAAAGCGAAUUAUUUUUCAAAGAAAUUGAUCAAAUUAUUACUACUUUCUAAUUAUGCAGGCAUACAGAUAGGCAAAGGAAAUUGUUUAUCUUUUAUGAACUGCCUCGUGGGCUCAAUGCAUGCCUCUUGGGAAAGCUAACUGGGUGAUUACCCAUGUAAUUUCUUCUUUUAGGUGGUGGGAAUGUGUUGCACUGCCAGAUGAUGUUGAUCUCGGUGAUGAAGUAUCAUUCAGAAUGGAGAUAAGGGAUCUGGCACACAAGGUAUGUUUUUUCCUUAUUUGCAAGAAACGGCGUCUUGUUUGCUGCAACAAGUGGCUACUGUACUUUUUGCGGAAGUUUUUAAGACUAGUUAUUUUUCUCUAAGUUAACUCAUGACUCAUUUUACCGUUUUGAAUCCAUGUGAUACUAGUAGUAUAUCUAGUGCUAUCUGAGCGUAAAGUCAUGGCUUUUGUGCUAUGUCAAAAGGGUCCUGAUGUAGUGGGAUCGUUCGGUUGGCUACAGCCCCUUGGAAAUUGUUUAAAGUUGAUUAUAGAAGAACCCAUUUCACUUAGUAGUUCUGAUUUCUCCCUUUUGGAAUGGCCCGUGUCUACAUUCAUGUUAAGUCUGGUUGCUCAGGGUUUUGCACCUUUUAAUUAUGACAUGAUAUUGUCAAAUCCGACCAUAGGGCUAGUGUAUUUAUUUGCCGCAUAUUUUUAUUUAUCGAACUAUUAUAUCAGAUCCGUGUAUUAUAUCAUCAUCAUUAUGAUUGUUAUCAUCAUGUCACCUUGAUACGACUUGUGCGUGAAUUCAUAAAUCUUCCCAUUGUUUCGAUGAUGAUCUUUUAUUAGGAAUGGGUCCGGCUGAGUGGGAACUAACUUUAUGAAUAAACCAUUUGCAUGCUAUCUUUAUUUUCUGUAAUCUUUUCUCUAGAAGUGGAAAUUGGACCGGUUUUUUAAGACCAUAAACUUUUGCCCACACCAUAUUGAACUUCAUGUAAUGGCCAUCUUAGCUGUUUGAUUUAGGAAUCAUCAGUUUUAUUCAUGAUUAGGCCUGCCUAGGGUCAUGCAAGUUGUCUUUAUCUUACUAGGAGUAUUUUUCUUCCCAAAGGACUAACUAACAGCUCAUAGCUUGUAAUUUAGCGCCAGAGGCGAAGGAUUCAAUAAUGUUCAUUCUGGACAUUUUUGCAGACUCUGACAAUUACAUGGCUGACUACCUCAACACAAUUUUGAGAGUUAUGGAAUUAGAAACAUUUCUAAAUUUUCAAAACAAACCUCACUCGAGAAUUGAAUGUGCCAUAUUUAAUGGUUCAGAACUUUUGCCCACACCAUAUAAAUCAUUUUUUUAUAUUCUUUGCUUUCAUGGGCCAAUUCCUCGGGUGUGUUUAUUACGGAAAGCUUUCAUUUUUACAGUCACUUCAGCUUCUCAAGGAGGCAAUCUUCGUGCAGGAGUGUGCGCCCUGUAUCCUAAAUUGAUGAUCUUAUCAGUUUCAUGGUGGUUGACAUAGAUCAUUGGAUGCCAUUCAUUUAUUUUCCUUGACGCGAAAUCUCAGUGUUUUCCCUUGAUGUGUAUGGGCACAUAAUUGGCAUGUUUGAGCUUAAUAAUCUGUAAGUUUUUCAAUUAUUACCUAUUCAUCGAUGACGUGUCUCUUGCUAUAUUUCUUUUUGUGAUUGAGAUUGAGCUUGGGAUUGUCAUUCUUGACGUUGUAAGAGUGUUUUCCUUUGUUAAAUAGCAUCAUGAACCAAGAAAUUCAAUGUUUUAUGGCAACAUGAAUUAUAUCUUUUUUAAAGGAAAAAGGAAUCCUUUACCAAGGCAUUGCCUUGUUCUGUGUUCUAAGAACAUGAAACUGGUCUCCGAGUGCAGUGACUUGGUUGUGGCAUCACCGGUGGAAGAUUACUUCAUAUAUAUUGAUGAUCUACCCUCUUCAUUGAAAGUCAGUAUAAUCCAACAAUCAUCUUGCCUGCGUAAUAUGAUUGGAUGGUAUUUGCUCUAACGAGCCAUUUUCUCUCUCAGACUGAAGCCGAGAGGCUUACACGGCCAUUCCUGGAUGCCCUGGGAGAUGACUACUCCGUCUGCUGUGAAGGUAUGGCAUGGAGCCUCUCGAGUCAUUAAACACGUUAAAAAUGAUAUAUUUUUUAAGGGGCGAUCUGUAAAAAUCCAUCACAAUAUCCAUCACUAUAUCCAUCCCAUAUCAUACCAUAAGACACGUACUCAGUUUUCGACUUCUUUGGAUGAUUUUCCUUUCUAAAAAUAUUUUUUUGGGGGAUGAUAUGUGGAACUUUAGGUCCAAGUCUUUCCUGGGCCUGAAGGGUAUUUUUGCAGAAAAAUAUUUCCGUGGGUAUUAUUCAUUUAUUCAUUUAUUUAGUGGGUUUGGUUCAGAAAAGGGUGAACUUUAAUUGUAUACUCCUUGAUUAAUUUAUAUUAAUUUUCUGCAUCAGGCUCAGCAUUCUUCCCGCUUCAAAGCUGCAUGAACCACUCUUGCUGUCCGAACGCCAAAGCAUUCAAAAGAGAGGAGGUAUGAAAUGAGCUUCUGAUCGAAUUUAAAUGGUAGCUGAAAUCUUGCAAGACUUUGGGGGAUUACCGAGUUUUAUUAAAUGGAUGAAGACAUGAAGGAAAGUGUCCUUAGGUCAACUGGCUAUUUGUCAAUAACCCCCCUAUUUGACCUACAAUCGCUUCAAACUUCGCUACUUAGAACCUCCAUGAUAGUCACUGUGCUCUACCCAAAUUAGUUCUUAUUCGAUUAUUGGUACUGGGAGUAGCUCUUCAGUAGUAAUGUACUAAAUGCUGAACAUCUGGGUAGUUCUGAUCAGAUGACGAACCGGGUGGGGGGGAUAUCGUCAAAUGGGAGAUUUUUUUCAGGGUCAAAGAACCCAGAGGGAGAUCAUGGAAUGCGCGUAGGGCUUUGACUUUAUUCCCAGAUGAAAGAAUAUGGCUGAGACCCUUGCUUGAUCCUUCCUGAUCUUUCCGAUCAAGCCUGAUAGAAAUCUGAUCCGUAUAGAGAGAGAGAGACAGAGAGACAGAGAGAGAGCUCUUAAUCAGUCACUCUCUCUCUCUCUCGCUCGCUCUCUCCUGAUACCUAGCUUGAUUGAUCUGUGGCAUGAGCUCUCUCUCUCUCUCCAGACACCUAGUUUGAUAAUUUUAAGGAACCCUCAUGGUUCAUUCUUGUAUCAAUUGUUGGUUGAUUCUGUGGAAUUGAGAGACCUAUGCUUGAUCCUACCUGAUCUAGCCGAUCAAAUCUGAUCAGCAUAGAGAGCGAGAGAGAGAGAGAGAGAGAGAGAGAGAGAGAGAGAGAGAGAGAGAGAGAGAGAGAGAGAGAGAGAGAGAGAGAGAGAGAGAGAGAGAGUCCUCUCUCUUCCCGCCCAGAUAGUUACCUUGAUUGAUCUGUGGCAUACAGAAUCUGGGUGGGUGGUCCAUACUUGUAUUCAAUUGUUGGUUGACUUUGUGGAACUGAUUUGAUAUCGCGUUAACCGCAGGACAAAGACGGCCAAGCGACAAUCAUUGCUCUCAGACCCAUCGCCAAGGGGGAAGAGGUACGUUUAGAGUUAAAAAUAUAUAUAAUCAUGGAAUUAGGGUGGUUGUGGAUUAAAAUACCAGUAAAAUAAAAAAAAUAAAAGAAUAAAUUUUUGGGUGGUGGGUGGGUCGGCUGAGAUGUUGAAUGCAGGUCACGAUAUCGUACAUUGACGAAGAACUGCCAUACGAGGAGAGACAGGCGCUGCUGGUUGACUACGGCUUCGAAUGUCGGUGCCCCAGGUGCCUAGAAGAGGAGGGCCCUUGA